AUGAAUAUUAUCCUGGAACAUACUGAAGAUGGAGUUACUGUUCCUCACAGAACCUAUCCGAAAACACUUGCUGAGUUCUCGGAUGAGGAUAAUGAGCUGAUAAAUCUGGAUGUAACUCUACAGCUCAUUCUGAUCGAAUCAUUGGAUCCAAUAAUGUACAAUAAUGUUGUCAAUUGUACAAAUGCUAAGCAGAUAUGGGACACUCUGCAAAUUAUCAAUGAAGGAUCUGAGGAAGUACGGGAAAACAAGAAGGAAAUUCUUGUGGCUCAAUACGAGCAAUUUGUUUCUAAUCCCGGAGAAGGGAUUUCUGAAGUAUUCAUCAGAUUCAACAAUUUGAUAAAUAAUCUGAAUCUGAACGGGAAAUACUACAACAACAAAGAGGUGAACCUGAAGUUUUUGCUGACGCUCCCUGAGCAUCUGGAGCAUAGGAUAACCGCCAUCAGAGAAAGCAGAGAUUUGACAGAGAUCUCACUAGAACAGCUGUAUGGGGUUCUGAAAACCUAUGAAUUGGAACAGGCUCAAACUAAACAGAGAUACGGAUGGGGAAAGACACUGAACACGUCUACGUCUGUCAGCAAUUCUACUGCCCUCAUAAUACAAUCACCUCUUGUGAAAGAAAGGAAGGUUGUUGUACCUUCAAGAAGCUCCCAGGAGUAUGUUGUGCCGGAAAUGGGACAUACUUCAGUAAGUACGGGAGAUGAAGAAUUUUACUCGAUGGAAGAGUUAGAUCAGCUGGAGGACGAAUCUCUUGCUAUGUUUGCCAGGAAGUUUGGUAACAUGAGAUUUAGGAAGAAUCCCUCGUACAAGUUUAAAUCUUCUGGUAGUAAAUUUCAGAAAGGGGGAUCUUCGUCCACAACAUCAAAAGGGGCUUAUAAGACUGGGAUGGUUGAUCGAAGCAAGUUUAAAUGCUUCAACUGUGAUGAGCCUGACAGUGAUGAAGAGGAAGAGCGGGGGAAUGUUGCUCUAAUGGCUUUCAUGAAACCUUCUACACCUCCACAUCGCACUGGCGGAUUUCCGGUAGAUCCUACUUGCCCUAAACUUUUUAUGCAAUUAGGACUUGAACGUGAUGAUGCUCUUAAUAAGCUGAAAGCUUUAACUCUAGAACAUAAAGCUUUAAAGCUGGAGGUUCAUGAGUUAAAGUUAAGAGAAAAACUAGUGCUCACCCCUAAAAUUGAACAACUAACUAGUCAGUUAUUGACUCAGACUAAUAAAGUCGAAGUGUUAGAGUAUAGGGAGAACAAACUGAAUGAGCAACUAGCUGAAGAGAAGGUAAGGAAUGAUAACAAUACAUGCCCUUCUACUAAUAACAUUAGAACUUCUGAAAAUGUUAAUGUAGAAACUGUUAAACCCCCUGUUGUUCUGAAUAACAUGCCUACUGUUCCUUUAGUUGAUAUGUGCCAUAAACCUUGUGGUGUUGAUAAUUGCAUGUUGUGUGCGUUUAAUGAUCUGUUGUCAAAGCUGACAAAGGUCAAUUCUUUAAGUAUGCCGGGCCCAACCAAGUUUGGGUUCCGAAGAAGGUUUAAUUCGUUUGAUAUGUGCAGGGAGCCAAACAAGGUUGAAAAGGUUGUAUGGAUCCUCUAUAGUGGAUCUUCUAGAUAUAUGACCGGUGAUAGAGCCCUGCUAUCAAAUGUGAUUGAGAGAGCUGGCCCGAUUGUCACCUUUGGAGAUAACAGCUAA